AUUUCUCCCUCGUCAGAUCUCUUUCGCGUGCACUUCACCAGAUCCACAUCCCAAACCGCGCGGCCCAGCAAUGGCGGUGCGCGCGAGCCUUGCUUGCUUCCCCUCCGACCCCGUGCUCCACAACUCCUGCGGCCUACCGUGGGGCGUCGCCGUCACGCCCUUCUCCUCCACCGACGAGCGCGGCUCGUCUCCGGCCACCGGCGACGAGGGCCACCUCCUCCCACGCUGCUCAUCCUGCUUUGCCUACUUCAACAUCCUUUGCCCACUGCAUCGCUGGUCAUGGACGUGCCCCAUCUGCUCCGAAGACAACGACCUCCCCGCCGAGGCCGCCGCGCGCUACGCCCGCGACGGCAGCCAUGACCCACCCGAGUUGCGCUCCGCGUUCGUCGACCUCCUCCUCCCUGAGGAGGGCGAGGCGGCGGCUGUGACGACGCCCGUGUACGUGGCAGCAAUCGACUUAUCAUCUUCAGAGGAGUUUUUGGAGCUAGUCAAAAGUGCUCUUCUGGCAGCUCUUGAAGCUCUUUCUCCAGGUUCAUUAUUUGGGAUUUUGACAUUUAGCAGCAAGAUAGGACUAUACGAUGUUCAAGGUCCCAUACCAAUUGUGAAGAAUGUUUUUAUCCCUCCGGAUUCUGACGGCACCUUAUUUGUGGACCUUAAAGACGUGAUGCCAUUUCAAUCUUUUCUGGCUCCUGUUGACACUUGCAAAGAUCGCAUUGCUGAAGCACUAGAAACAAUUAAACCAAUAUCUUCCUGGGAAAUGGCAACAAAUACAUCACAAGUUGAAGAUCAUGCGUUGCAUCAUACCCGUGGAUUUGGGGUGGCUAUGGAUGCUCUUGUCAACUAUCUAAGUGUGGAAUAUGGAACUACAUUUGAACUUGCUCGGAUAUUCGUGUUUUUAUCUGGACCACCGAAUUAUGGGGCCGGCCGACUAGACACAAGAAGCAAUGAGGACCACAGUACUCGUAAAGUGGUGGAUUCAGAUCAUACAUUGCUUCCUGAGCAGACUAGGUUCUACACAAAUCUGGCUGCUAGUGCUGUUCAAGCAGGUGUGUGUGUGGACCUUUUCGCAAUUACAAAUGAAUACACAGAUCUUACUUCCCUGAAAGUUUUAAGUGUUGAGAGUGGUGGCUCAUUAUUUCUGUAUUCAAAUACAGACGAAUCAACACUUCCCCAAGAUAUAUACAAAAUGCUAACCUGUCCAUAUGCCUUUGGGUGUGUGCUGCGAUUGAGAACAUCUUCAGAGUUCAAGAUAACUGAUUCUUACGGGCAUUUCUUUCCGGAUCCUCAAUACAUGCAUGUUCAGCACAUAAAUUGUUGUGAUUCGUUUGCUAGCUACACCUAUGACUUUGAGUUUGAAAAGGAUUCCCAAUUUGGCAGGAAGUCAAGACCUCCUGUUCUUCAAAUUGCAUUCAAGUACACAUUGAUUGUAAACCAUGGUGAUACAUCUGAUGAUGCCUCAAAUUCUGGUAGCAGAUCUAAGUUCUCUUUACAAAGGCGGCUAAGGGUGCGGACUAUCCAGUACAACACAACUGCUAAUAUCUGGGACCUGUAUGAUUUUGCUGACCCAGAUGUGGUAUUGACAAUACUUGUACACCAGGUUAUUGUGGCUUCUUUAAGUGAUGUGGUAGAAGCAAGGCUAUGGCUCCAUGAUUGGUUGGCGUUUUUCAUUGCCCAGUACAACAAGGCAUACAAGAUCGUUAGAUCCGCUAAUACUGGAGUUUCUGACAUUGACGUCGAUUUCUCAAACUGCUCUCAGUUGCAGCCUCUGGCACGACUUGUAUUUGCUUUUUUAGUAAGCCCCUUGCUUGAAGUCCGAGAUCAAAAUAUUCGUCCAGAUUACCAGACAUAUUUGCAAUGUCUCUUCAGUGCACUGGAGCCGGCUUCACUUCGGCAAGCUAUAUGUCCUACGAUGAUUUCAUAUAUAUCUCCGGAUAUAGAAGCAGAAGUGCAUCAGUCGCUAAGCCGCAGUGUAUUCACCAGUGAGAGACCAAUAUUCCUUCUUGAUGCCUACACUGACCUUUUGGUGUAUUACUUGCCUACAGCCAGCACCUUGAUUCCAUUUCCUCCUCCUCGUGACUGCCUGCUGAGAUCAACGAUCAAUAGAUUAAAGCAAGAAAGGAAUUUAACCCCCAGGCUUGUCUUUAUUCAUGGUGCGCAUGAUGAUACUACAAUAUUUGAGAAAUACCUGAUCGAGGAUGAGACUCUGGAUGGUACCCUGGUGGGCAGCUCCGCAGGAUUCAGAUCAUUCCUUGAGGAGGUUAGAAGCAGGGUAGCUGAGUUCGGUAUAUAGUGGACCUGUUUCGACUGUUGUUUUAAUCCGUUAACCAUCCAAGAUUGAUGAAUCUGGCCAUCCUGGAACAUGGCAAUAUGGCAUGCUUAGGAAUCAUUGUAUUGCUUCGCCUUUUCAUUGUCUUACAAACUUUUUCAUCCGUGCUGUAUUAGUGGAGGCCGUUUGCCAGUUUUCACAAGUUUGGGGAGUUAGUGGAUCGUUACUUCACUAAGAUCACUGCAAUGGUAUGAAACCAACAGCACCGGCUGAGCAUGGCUGGAUUGUGUAGCAGAAGUUCAUACUGCAUGUUGAAUAUGCAUAUAUCUUCAACAUGUUUCGGUGAGAAUUUUUUGUCGUACCUGUCAUGUACUGAUGUGGUCCUUGUACAUUAUUACUAGUGAAGUUUGCAAGGAAUGAUUUUUGUUAGA